AUGAACGGGAUGCCUGGUACCCCAGACGACAAGCCCCAACGGGCAACAGCUGCUCAGCUGGCAAGCAGAAAAAUCAAGGACGUUCGCAAGCGCCCGCGUCCUACUACGGCUGCUCCAGCCGCUCCAGGUUUUUCUUCAGGAUUCACAGCUCCGACAGAUCAACCGGCCGGGUUCUCUUUUGGGCAGAGCCAGAGCUUCCCUCCAAGCCAGCCUGCGCAAAGUAAUCCAGCGCCGUUUUCAUUCGGGGGUAGUAGCCAACCGAGCUUCAACUUUACUGGCUCAUCUUUUGGCAGCACCGACUCUGCCCCUUCAACUAAUCCGUUUGCGAGUAGCUCCUUCGGUGCCACUAUCCCUCCUUCAUCCCAACCCGCACAAAGCACGGCAUUCUCAUUUGGUGGAGCGGGAGCUGGCGCAAGCCAAUCUACUCCUCAACAAACCUCCUUCUCAUCCGGCGUGUUUGGCGGCCAGCAGAAUCCAAGCUCGACUACUGCCAGCAACCUGUUUGGCCCGUCAGCUGCGAACAAUUCCAGCGCCAAUCCCGUCGCAGAUUCGAUGCAAAUGUCCCCUGAUUCGAAGCCUAAGAAUUCUGCUUUGAACCAAACAUCCUUCCAGAAUCGAAACAUCUUUGGUAACUCGGACGCAUCCAGCACGCCCAACGUGUUUGCCCCUAAGCCAUCUGCUACGCCAGCUGUAUCUACACCUUCACAGGCAUUCGGAACUUCCUUGCCACCAACAACUACCCCAUCUCUCACUUCGGCCCCUUCGACGAUCUUCGGAUCAUCAGCUAUUAACUCCAUCUCGGCUGCAACUUCUACACCUGCAAAGCCAUUUGGCUCACUUUUCCAAUCCACCCCUUCAACUUCUGUGCCCUCUGAGUCCGAGAAGAAAGACGCCCCCGCAAUGGGUGCUACUACCGGAUUCUCAUUCACUCCAGUGACAUCCAAACCCGCUGAAAAGGAAGUGAAUGCUGGGUUCUCAUUCACUCCGGUGACAUCCAAACUAGCCGAACCAAAAGAAGUGAAUACUGGGUUCUCAUUCACUCCGGUGACAUCUAAACCAGCUGAACCAAAGGAAGUGAAGGCGGCCCAAGAUUCAACUCAACCCAGUCCAUCUCUCUCUUCCAUUUUUGGAAGUACUCCUGCCGCCUCACCAAAUCCUUUUGCGCCCAAGCCCGCUGAGCAGUCAGCACCAAGCAACAUUUUUGCACCAAAGCCUACAGAAGAUACUUCAUCCAACAAAUCUUCCCUUCCAUCAGCCUCAGAAAAGACGGCUGCAGCACCUACCUCUCUAUUUGGAGCCUCCGCUUCACAGCCAGCGGUCUCUAGCCUUUUUGGCUCUUCGUCUGCACAAGGUUCGCAGAGUAACAUCUUUGGACAGAGCCCAGUUACCAACGGAUCCACUGCAGCCCCUCAGAAAGCUUUUGGUAACAUCUCUUCUCCUAAGCCAGCUGCGGAGCAAAAAACCUCCGCCAACAUCUUCGCACCCAAACCAGCUUCAGCUGAGACCCCAGCGGCAUCUGCGUCAUCCAGCUUCAACAUGUUUGGACAGAAACCCGCCGUGGACCAGGGAUCUGCAAAGAAGGAAUCCGUUGGAAAUAUGCCACCAUCUACACCCGCCUCAUCCGCUCCUGGCAAUGCAUUCUCGUCCGAGAAAGCCGCAGAGCCUGCACCAGUGACUUACGCCGACGGCCGCCCCUUGAAUAUUUUUUCUACUCUAAAUCCCGGUGGCCCCGGAGCCCCUACGGCAAACCCGCAUAACUGGACACCAAAGCCCGGCACAUACAAGGCGCCAGUUGUGAACGGCAAACCCUACGGCGAUAUUCCGAUGCCUAAUUUCCGCGAUCUGUCCCCAGAACUUCAGGAUGAAUGUGAACUUAUGUGGAAGGUCCGCACCCUGGACCAGUCUUUCAAGGCGCAGAUUGCCGCACUUGAACCUGGAGAGCACCUGUUUGAUAACACUAUUCUCUUUUACAUGAGAGUUCGCUGGUCGCUUGGUCUUCCAGUUCAGAAGCGACCGGAGCACAUGCCUCCUGCCACACAUCUCUAUACCCAUCCCGAGGUCCCAGUUCCCCCUAAGAAGCAGCAUCCAGCAACAGCUGAGGUGCAAGCUAACGGCAACACCAACGGCACCAAAACUCCUGCAACCUCUAGCCUUUUUGCAAAGCCAUCUUCUGUUCCUACGAACAAGAAUGAUGCUACGGCCGUUUCUUCCCCAAAGCCACUGAACUCCGCCGCUCCUGCCCCUAGUGAUUCUGCAGCUUCUUCUGCAGCUCCUAAAUUUGCAGCCCCUACUACAACUCCCACAUUCACUCCUCCCGCAGCUCCUGCACUGCCGAAAUUUGGCAGUGGUUCUGGCGGCGACUUCAUGGCGCAAUUUGCGAAGAAGGCAGCUCAAAGUGCGGCGGCAGAAAAGGCUAAGCGCAAAGCGGAAGAUUUCGAUUCUGAUGAGGACGACGAGGAAGAAUGGGAACGUCGCGAUGCCGAGGAACAAGAAAAGAAGCGCGCAAAGAUUGGCGUUGCAACUGGAAAGAAGUCUGUGUUUGUUGAGGGCAAAGGGUUCCAGUUGGUUGAUGAUAAUGAGUCUAAGCUACCUAUGGUAGCCCCUGCUGCGUCUACCUCUAUGGAGAAGUCUCCUGCAGCCACUCAAUCACCCGCUCCGUCUUCGGCGCCAUCCCCGGCUGCCUCGAUAUUUGAAUCAUCCAGUCGUCCUCUCACAAACUCAGAGAAUAUCUUUGGUCGCAUCACUGCUACGCCUCAACCUGCAGAUGAUUCAAAGGACAGCGAUGCAUCUGAUGACGAGGACAGGCCUACUUUGUCCAAGCGUCAGGCUUCAGAAGAGGCUUCGGAAGAUACGGAAGCAUCUAAGCGAACUAAGACCGACGAUCUCUUUGCUCGAAUCAAAUCCCCAGCUCCUACACAGGAAUCGGCGUCGGCUACUUCCAAGGCCAAUCCAUUUGGGUCUAUCAAUACUUCUACUUCCACUUCCUUCGGAAAUAACUCCCUGUUCGCAGCAACUCCCACUGCAGCAACUCCAUCCAUGCUCGCCGCAACAUCUUCGCCUGCGCCGACCCCAUCCGUGUUCUCAUCCACACCUGCACCGGUUCCAUCUCCAUUCGGAGCGUCUACAUUCGGAGCAUCUAAGCCUGCGGCGAACUCAACCCUGUUUGGGGCAUCUACAUCCACGCCAAAACCGUCCAUGUUUGGAGCGUCUACUACAACCGCGCCAAAGUCAAACCUGUUUGGAGCGUCCACUACACCCGCGCCAAAGUCAAACCUGUUUGGAGCGUCCACUACACCCGCGCCGGCUGAUAACACCUGGAAGCCAAAUUCGCCCAUCAAGUUCUCUGGUGCCGAGACCUCUGAGAAUAAAACCACCGAAAACAAGACUACUGAAAACAAACCCACUGAAACCAAACCCGCCGAGCCCACCGAUGAAGAACUCGGUCCCGGUGCUUACUUCAACUUGGCAGAAACAGCCGGUGGAGAAACAGGCGAAGAAUCCGUCUUCCAGUGCCGUGCUCGUGCUUUCAAGCUCGCUAAGGGUAAGGGCUGGGAGUCCCAGGGUACUGGAUUUGCGAACCUCCUUGUGAAUCAGAGCGGUCGUGCCCGAAUCGUUCUCCGUGCGGACCCAAGUGGCUCUAUCAUCCUCAAUGCACUCCUCAAGAAGGAGAUCGAAUACAAAUUCACCAACAAGAAUUCCGUUCAGUUCUUCGUCCCCCAGGCAGGUGGCGACCCUGAGCAGUGGGCUAUUCGUGUUAAGGUGGAAAUCGCCCAGUCCUUCCAUGAGAAGGUCGAGGCCAUCAAGAACUAG